AUGGACCCCGGUCUGGUACAUGCUGACCCACAAGGUGACGUCCGUGAGGAUGGCCCGAAGGAAGAGAAGUGCCCCAUGCACUUGGCCUUUCCAGACUUUGUUCGCUGCGACUCCUGCAAGGAGAUUUACAAGGAUCUGCCGAGUGAUGGCAAGGCACCACUGCCUGGACUGAAGCAGCCUUUUCCAGUCACUGCGCUGCAAAGCAACACCCGGCUUGAUGUCUUGGAGCACCAGUCCCCUGACGGCAUGCUGGAGAAGUAUCAAUGCAUAGAGGACGAGCAUGGGAAGUACAAGUUCGCCAGAAGCCGCCAGCAGGACGCACUGGAACUCGAAAGGCGUAAACUCCAGCUCCAGCGCGAGCGCACCAACAAAGCCAGACACGAGGCCGAUCAUGCUGCCCAAGAUGUUCAGUGGCAGAUCGCGGAUGCAGAGCGCUCCGUGGAGGAGAUGCGAUGCCGUCGAGACGGUGACAUGCAGGCUUUGGAGGUGCAAGUACGGCAGGCCGACAUCAUGUUGGAAGAGGCACAAAGGGAAGCAGGAAAGCGAUUGGAAGAAGCCCUGGGGCUCAAGCGUGCAGAAGAGGCGCAUGUGGUUUCGUCCUCCCAACUGCUGAAUGCAGCCAGGGAAAGGACCCGUGCGGCUGAAGAGAUGUACGAGCAGUCGAAGGUAGCCUCGCAAGCACGGCUUGCAGCCCGAGCUGCCGCCCUCGCUGAGGCCGAGGAAGCGUUGGUUGCUCAGGAAGAUGAGAUGAAACAGAAAGCGGCCGAACACUUGCAGAAUGUGCAGGAGCAGUGCCGAGCGCAGCUGGAAGCUGUGCACGAGCAAUCUUCUGAAAUCAAAGAGGCUGUUUCGAAGCGCUUGCCGAUGGAGUCAAGAAGAACGGCAGCUGCCCAGGAAGCAACAGAAACGCGAAGAAACGAUGCCCAUGAACGAUUACAGAAAGAGCGUCAAACGGCCGGCGUCCACACCACGGUAAUGGAGGAAGACUGCUCCUGCAUGGUCCGCCGGGUGGAGCUGCGAGAGCAAGCUACACAGAGGCGCUUGGAGGAGUUUGCUGAGGGCCCCGUCACUGCAUUGGAGCGCACUGCGCAGCUUUGGCAUGGACAAAGCGACCGGAAGUCGGUGUGUGACAAGGUCAGCUUGGAACAAACAGCUUGGGUGCUGGGACACCACUUCAAGUCAAGGUGGAACUACACGCCAUCCGUGGACGACAAAGUCACCAACAUCCUUCAGGGCUGCUUGCACGGCAGGGACCCUAAGUCCAUUCUUCCGCACCCAUCUCCACGGUCGUUGGAACCACCGGUGGAUUUGCCACCACCACCGACGAAGCUGCCGAUGCUGUCCACUGGCCUUGCAGGCCUGGAGGUCUACAGGAUCGAUAGGAGCGUAGUGUUGUCCAUGGCGUUCGUGCAGCCUUGUCGCUCCGACGCCAGCUUGCCGCGGUAUUGGAGACAUGAGUCCUCAACUGUGGCAGGAUUCCACGGUCACAGGAGCCCUGGCGCCGAGAAGGCCUCUUGGCGAGCGAACUUGGCUGGAGUCGCAGUCGGUGCCGCUGCACUACACUCCCAAUCCCGCCCGGCUUCUAGAGGUGCACGCAAUCCGCUGCGCAAGCUUCGGGUGCAGCUGCGAGCGAAGCUGGAUAGCCGGCAAGCGUCCAACACGACCGAAUCCAAAGAAUGCAGCAGAAUCCAGAUGCUUGAGGAGCUGUUGAGAGGAGGCCAAGCAGAAGAGGCCUGUGCACUGGUGGAGGAGAUGGCAUUGAAUAUGGUGACUCCCUCGACGUCGUCAUACGGCAGCGUGAUCCAUGCGUGCUCAAAGGAAGGACACGUGGACAAGGCUGCCCUUCUUCUUGCGAAGCUUAGAGCAAUGGAGUGUUCGCCAGAUGUUGUCUCGUACGGCAGCGUCAUAAACGGCUUUGCGAAGGCUGGCAGACCGGAAGACAUUGGACGCCUUAUGGAGGACAUGGAUGAGGAUGGAGUGCCAGUCGAUGUGGUCAUGCACAACGGCAUGCUUGAGGCGCGACGAAUAAAGUCGGGUGUUCUUCUCAACUGCUUCAAGCGACGAUUCAAGUGGAUCGAGGAGCGUGCCCGUUCUUUGCUGUGCAAAGAAACAACCGCAGAGACGGUUAGCCAGGCAAGGCCGCACCAGCGCUGUGUCAUCCCUGUUGAAGGCCUGGGCUUCAUUGCACUGUACUGCUGGUUGAUCCGUUUGCCCCUUCUGGGCAUCCUUGGCUGUGCACGUUUUCUCAUUCCAUGGAAGCCUGGGUGCAUGUCACGACAUGAGGAGGAUUGGCACUGUCAAGACUUCAAAGAAUUUUGGGAGAUGAGGAUUCCGGCCUACAGGCCGGACACUGCAGACUCUGCAAGUACGGGCGAGGGUGUCAAAUGCAUUCCCUUGCGGCCGGCAUAUGUCGCUCUGAUGCAGGCGUUCGCACGGGCGCAGAAUGCAGAACAGGCCAAAGACCUCCUCGUGCGACUGGAGGCCGAGGAGGGGCAAGUGGACACCAUGGCACGAACGACUCUCAUCGAAGAAUUUGCCAGCCACGACAGUCCGGAGGAGGCCCGGCAGCUCACACAGCAGCUUGAAGAGGAUGGGAACCUGACCGUCCACGUUUUUGGACGGGUGAUAUCCGCCUGCGCGAAGGCGAGCAAGACUGACGAAGCAAUCCAGUGGUUCGAUAACAUGGUCUCCGCCACUGUCGAACCAGAUGCAGUCGCUUGGAAUGGCAUCAUCAAUGCCUGUGCCAGGGUCGGGCGAGUCACAGAAGCUGAGAUGUGGCUCGGUGAAAUGGAGGCCUCGGGCAUCACUCCCGAUGUCUUUUCCUACACCACUGUCAUCAAUGCUUGUGCCCAGUCGGGUCGACCUCAGGAGGCUGGGGCAGAUGACGGUAGACUCUUUGUUCGUGCAGUUGAGCGGCUCGAGAUGGAUGGCGAUGUCGUUCCUGGCUCCUGGCUCGCCGACCACAUCCGGGACAGCAAGGGCAUCACCCACGAACAGAACAUUCGCAGUUCAAUCAUGCUGAUCAGCCUCGUGGCUCCCGUAAUCUUCGUGGCUCAUGCUCCACAUGCCGACGCAAGCAUGCGCCAAUUGUCAUCCAGUGCUUUGAGAUCGGAGGUUUGCGAUAUUGCCAAGAAGAGGCAGUGGAAGCAAGCACUGCGCCUGCUACAUCAAGCAUCCAGUUGCACGGCCCAGGCCGAUCUGGUUUGCUUCAAUGCGACCAUCAGCGCUUGCGGCAAAAGCAAGCUGUGGGAAACAUCGUUGUCCGUGCUGGCUGACAUCGACAGGGAAUGUUUGCAGAAGGACCUCUUCAGCUACAACACAUCUUUCAGCGCCAUUGCUGUGGUUGAGCAGUGGCGAUGGUCCCUUCACCUGCUUCAUGACGUGAAGGUAAGACACCUGCGCAGCGACAUCAUCAGCUUCAAUACCGCUAUCGAUGGUUGUCAACGGAAGUGGGGCCUGUCACUAGCCAUCUUGGCCAAGAUGUCUCAUCAGAAUCUCGAGCCAGACGUCAUUGCCCAUGACACUGCCAUCAGCUCCUCUGAGAAAGGGAACUACUGGGAUCGUGCCCUGGAUUUGCUACGGACCCUCGAGGCCAGUUUUUCUCGUGAACAAUCUAAGUCGUCAUGGUGA